AAUGGUGUUUUUAUUGCUUUGUUGGAUACCCCGUCCAAAAAAAAUAAAAAGAUGAAAAAAAAAAGGCAAUGCGCGUUUCCUUUAUUAUUAUUAUUUUUUUUGCUAGUGUGCGCCGAACGUGAAGAAGGAAAAACCCUUGUCUCCCUAGCUCUCACGAUUUCUGCUCGUCUAUCCACUGCCGACGGCCGUUCUCGACGACGGUCGUUCAACCAACGACGGCCGUUCAACCGAAAAACAGAGCGAAAAAUCCCUCCCUCUCUCGACGGCCGUUCAGCCGACGACGACGACGUUUCUCCCAUUUAGUCACUGUAAUUCCAUUUCUCCAACCAUGCCAAUCGGUGAGCUUCGAUUUUCAUCUCAGUCUCCGAUAGCAGUGGUGGAUUCUACUAUGAAUAAUGAUGAGACAUGGCUCUGGGGGCAGAUCAAAGCGGAAGCACGGCAAGAUGCCGAGUCAGAGCCAGCACUGGCUAGCUAUCUUUACUCGACGAUUUUGUCGCAUUCAUCACUUGAGAGAUCACUUUCGUUCCAUUUGGGGAACAAACUCUGCUCUUCGACGCUUCUUUCCACUCUCCUUUACGAUCUUUUCCUCAACGCUUUCUCCACUGAUUAUGGUCUACGAUCAGCUGCUGUCGCUGAUUUGCGAGCAGCUCGUGAACGGGACCCAGCCUGUGUUUCAUUUUCCCAUUGCCUCCUCAAUUACAAAGGUUUCUUAGCCUGCCAGGCUCAUCGUGUGGCUCACAAGCUGUGGAAUGAAUCACGUAGGCCGCUAGCACUAGCACUUCAAUCACGCAUUGCUGAUGUCUUCGCCGUCGACAUUCAUCCUGCAGCAAGAAUUGGGAAAGGCAUUCUGUUCGAUCAUGCUACUGGUGUAGUGGUUGGUGAGACGGCAGUGAUAGGCAACAAUGUCUCAAUUCUUCAUCAUGUCACUCUUGGAGGGACAGGAAAGAUGUGUGGAGACAGGCAUCCUAAGAUUGGGGAUGGAGUCUUAAUCGGUGCUGGAGCAACCAUUCUCGGCAAUGUGAAGAUUGGAGAAGGAGCUAAAAUCGGGGCAGGAUCUGUGGUGCUGAUUGACGUGCCACCACGCACAACUGCCGUGGGAAAUCCCGCGAGGCUAGUGGGGGGGAAGGAAAAACCAUCGCAGCUCGAGGAUAUUCCUGGAGAAUCCAUGGAUCAUACUUCUUUUAUAUCCGAAUGGUCAGAUUACAUUAUUUGAUAGUAUUUUAUACAAUGGGUGGUUCUAUAUUUUGUCUCUCCGGCAUUGCAGCUGUGAAUUUUACUUUCCAUUUAUACCCUUGUCAUUACAAUAGCCAUUAGAGCAGAUACAUCGACUCUCUUUUUGGCUUCCCCUGUAGUAUACUCACACUCUUUUGCACUGCUUAUCAGAAAAUAAGUUUUGGCAAAUAAAUAAAAUGCAGUAACUUAACAUAUA